UUUUCUGCACAAAUUGUUUGGAAUUGUUGCAGUUUUGGGGUAAUUUUUUUGUAUUAUCUGUAAUGUAAACUGGCAUUCCUCUGAAGAGGAAGUUUGUAAACAUGAGUUCGAACUAUGUGAGAAAAAUGACGUUGCUUCGUGCGAGGAUUUUUGGCAAAUUAACAAGGCCUGUAACAGAAAGGUCCUUCAAAGUUGUUAAAUUCUACAGUAAAAGGCCUUUGGGUGACGCUAUCAAUAAAUAUUACCCCCCUUUAAAGAUGUUUAACUCUUUAUURUUGAAACUGCGKCAUCUUGGCUUUUACAGGGAUGAUCACUUGGAUUACAGAGAAGAAAUGGCAGUUAGGAGAAAGGAAAGAGGGAAAGGACCACCGAAAAAAGGUUUAAUAUCAUUUGAUAUCUCACUACAGUGUAAUUCAUAA